AUGUACCUUGCAUCCAUUAUCUCCGUUGGCCUGUUUGGCUUGACCGGCCUUGUUUCUGCUCAUCCAGGCCAUGAUGUCAAGGCCGAAGCUGCUGAGCGGGCUGCAUUCCUCCAGAACGCCCCCAUCCACUCACACAGUUUUCCCCAGUGUUCCUCUAAGCUGAAAGCUAGGGGUCAUUUGAGACGGAGCGUCGCGCGCCGCGAGAUGGCCGUCAAGCAUCUGCGCCGUCGCCGUGGCAUUGAUUCUGCAUAG